AUGACUGCGCCGUCAUGUGCCGACGUGCCGGUGCGGCGCAGGGCGCUCUCUCCAGGCAGCGGCACUCGCAGCCCUCCGGCGCAAGGCUCACCUCACGAUCUGCACUCCGUCAUCUCGCUCAACGCUCGCGCUCCCUUCUCCGUCACCGCGCCGUACCUCAACCACGGCGCCGUCUUCGGGCCUCCCAAGUUCAACGGUCGCGCCGUGCAUCCCUCGGUGGACCCGCACACCACUGGCCACGGCAUGUACGCCACCGACGACAUCAUCGACGGCCGCGCCGUGCACCCCAGCCAGUCGCUCAUCAGCCAGAGCAAGGUGCAGAAGUCCGAGCCCGCCAUCUACGGCGGCCAGGAGUACGCCACGAUGCAGCCGUACGAGGGCCGCGACGAGCCCUACACCACGCAGCCGUACAUCGAGGGCCGCGACGAGUACGUCGUGAUCCAGCCCUACGAGGGCCGCGACGUGCAGGAGUCGCUCGAGCUCCCGGUGCGCCGCGACGGCGACGCGUCCUUCCUGCAACCCGAUCGCCGUCAGGAGCCCUCCACGGGAGGCAAUGACGACGGGCCAAACCAUCGCCGUCGUCAGGAGCAGUCGCCGCUUCGCCGCGAGGACGAUAAUGCGCCAGUUCUCAACGGCCGCCAGGAGCACACGCAUCCUAUCGGAGGCCAUGUUCCUCGCCGUCGUCAGGAGUACUCGACGCAGCCGGCCAUCAACGGCCGCGAUGAGGUCUACUACAUCCAGCCGGCCACGGAGCGCCGCGACGAGGUCUACUAUAUCCAGCCGGCCACGGAGCGCCGCGACGAGUUCUACUCGACGCAGCCGUACGUCGAGGGCCGCGCCGACCUGCCCAAGCGCCCCCCUUACGGCCGUUCGGACGCCUCGGAGCAGCCCGCCAGUGGCCGCUACAUGGACAUCUCGCACCUCGCUCUGCCUCGCCAGGAGUACUCGACGCAGCCGUACAUCGAAGGCCGCUCGGGUCUUUCCAAGCGUCCGGUCACGGGCCGCCCCGGCCUCUCCACCCGUCCCUCCCGCGGCGGCCGCUACACGGGCGCGAGCUUUUCGCAGAUGGCUCUGCCCCGUCAGGAAUACACGCCGCAGCCAUUCGACGGCCGCGACUACUCCACGGAGGCCGUCAUCAACGGCCGCGACUACAAUACGGAGCCUGUGAUCAACGGCCGCUCCCUUCUGUCGCCCGAAGGAGAGCUCAACCUGCGCGACCUUAUCUACAGCCGCGACCUCGACAGCGAAGUGUACGCUGCCCGUUCCCCGCUGUCGACGCGCAUCGGCGCGCGCGAGCUCGCUGACGGCCCGACGCUGUACAUCAUCGGCCAGCACGAGCCGGAGGACGCACACGUUGCUCGCCGCUCGCAGGGCCACGAGGCCCGCGGCGGCACCCUGCACACCAUCACGCGUGCGCCCGGCACCGAGUACCAGCAUGUGCUCAACUGA